GCGGCGGCAGCGGCGGUGGUGGCAGCGGCAUUGUGCGCGCGGCGCAGCCCGGCCCGGGAGGAGCAGGACGCGCCGGGGCCGCCUCCUCCCGCACAGACCGAUGAGCCAGCCGGACGGCGCGGCAGCUCCGCAGGUGGACGAAGCCAGUGCACCUGGAAGGAAAAGCACGGUUAACAGGGAACAUUUGAAGCUCAGUCAAAAGAGCAGCAAGGUGGAGGGCCCGGAGCCAGUGCCGGCUGAGGCCUCGCUGAGUGCUGAGCAGGGGACGAUGACGGAGGUGAAGGUGAAAACAGAAGUACCAGAUGACUACAUACAGGAGGUCAUCUGGCAGGGGGAGGCCAAGGAGGAGAAGGCAGGCGGCAAGGACGGCACUGGAGAUGUGCCUGCCGAGAUCUGCGUGGUGAUCGGUGGCGUCCGCAACCAGCAGACCCUAGAUGGAAAAGCUCCAGAAGGCAGCCCCCACGGCGGAUCUGUUCGGAGUCGGUAUUCAGGGACCUGGAUUUUUGACCAAGCUUUGAAAUAUGCAUCUGGGUCCUAUGAAUGCGGGAUCUGCGGCAAGAAGUACAAGUACUACAACUGCUUCCAGACGCACGUGCGGGCACACCGAGAUACUGAAGCCACCUCAGGGGAGGGAGCCUCCCAGAGCAACAAUUUCAGGUACACAUGUGACAUCUGUGGGAAGAAAUACAAAUACUACAGCUGCUUCCAGGAACACCGAGAUCUCCACGCUGUGGAUGUGUUCAGUGUGGAAGGGGCUCCCGAGAACCGGGCAGACCCCUUUGACCAAGGUGUCGUGGCUACUGAUGAGGUGAAGGAGGAGCCCCCAGAGCCUUUCCAGAAAAUUGGACCAAAAACCGGCAAUUACACCUGUGAGUUCUGUGGGAAGCAAUACAAGUACUACACGCCCUACCAGGAGCACGUGGCCUUACAUGCCCCCAUCAGUACCGCCCCCGGGUGGGAGCCACCGGAAGAUCCAGACACGGGUUCUGAGUGUUCCCAUCCAGAGGUCACCCCAUCUCCACGCUUCGUGGCAGCGAAGACCCAGUCGAACCAGUCGGGGAAAAAAGCUCCAGCCUCCGUGGUCCGAUGCACCACCCUCUUACACCGCACCCCUCCAGCCACCCAAACUCAGACGUUCCGAACUCCAAACUCGGCAUCUCCGGCGAGCAAGGCAGCUGCAGCAGAAAACACCUUCAGUCGUCGAGUAGAAAGCAAAGCACAGAACCACUUUGAAGAGACCAAUAGCAGCUCGCAAAAUUCCAGCGAACCCUAUACGUGCGGCGCCUGUGGGAUCCAGUUUCAGUUCUACAGCAACCUGCUGGAGCACAUGCAGUCCCACGCAGCUGACAAUGAAAACAACAUCACCUCCAACCAGUCCCGAUCUCCACCUGCUGCAGUGGAAGAAAAGUGGAAACCUCAGGCCCAGAGGAACAGUGCCAACAACACCACAACCAGUGGUUUGACGCCUAACAGUGUAAUCCCUGAGAAGGAGCGGCAAAACAUCGCAGAGCGGCUACUGCGGGUCAUGUGUGCUGACCUGGGUGCACUGAGCGUGGUCAGUGGGAAGGAGUUCCUCAAGUUGGCUCAAACCUUGGUAGACAGUGGCGCCCGCUACGGGGCCUUCUCGGUCACUGAGAUCUUGGGCAAUUUUAACACCUUGGCACUGAAGCACCUGCCACGCAUGUACAACCAGGUGAAGGUGAAGGUGACAUGUGCCCUAGGCAGCAAUGCCUGCCUAGGCAUCGGUGUCACAUGCCACUCCCAGAGUGUGGGCCCUGACUCCUGCUACAUCCUCACGGCCUAUCAGGCCGAGGGUAACCACAUCAAGAGCUAUGUGCUGGGUGUGAAGGGCGCAGACAUUCGUGACAGUGGUGACUUGGUGCAUCACUGGGUGCAGAACGUGCUAUCAGAGUUUGUGAUGUCAGAGAUCCGGACCGUAUAUGUGACAGACUGCCGGGUGAGCACGUCCGCCUUCUCCAAGGCCGGCAUGUGCCUUCGCUGCUCAGCCUGUGCCUUGAACUCAGUGGUGCAGAGUGUGCUGAGCAAGCGGACACUGCAGGCCCGCAGCAUGCAUGAGGUCAUCGAGCUGCUCAACGUGUGUGAGGACCUAGCAGGCUCUACGGGCCUGGCCAAGGAGACCUUUGGCUCUCUGGAGGAGACGUCACCGCCACCCUGCUGGAACUCAGUGACAGACUCGCUGCUGCUGGUCCACGAGCGCUAUGAGCAGAUCUGCGAGUUCUAUAGCCGUGCCAAGAAGAUGAACCUCAUUCAGAGCCUCAACAAGCACUUGCUGAGCAACCUGGCCGCCAUCCUGACCCCCGUGAAGCAGGCUGUCAUAGAGCUGAGCAACGAGAGCCAGCCCACCCUACAGCUUGUGCUCCCUACCUACGUCAGGCUCGAGAAGCUGUUCACAGCCAAGGCCAACGACGCGGGCACCGUCAGCAAGCUGUGCCAUCUCUUUCUGGAAGCGCUCAAGGAGAACUUCAAGGUGCACCCGGCCCACAAAGUGGCCAUGAUCCUGGAUCCUCAGCAGAAGCUUCGGCCUGUGCCGCCCUACCAGCACGAAGAGAUCAUUAGCAAGGUGUGUGAACUCAUCAAUGAGGUGAAGGAGUCCUGGGCCGAGGAGGCUGACUUCGAACCUGCUGCCAAGAAGGCUCGCUCAGCCACCGGAGAGCACCCCGCCGCUCAGGAAGAGGACCGGCUGGGCAAGAACGAAGUCUAUGAUUACCUUCAGGAACCCCUCUUUCAGACCACUCCUGAUCUCUUCCAGUACUGGUCAUGCGUGACCCAAAAGCACACGAAACUGGCCAAGCUAGCCUUCUGGCUCCUGGCGGUUCCUGCUGUCGGGGCUCGGAGCGGGUGUGUAAAUAUGUGUGAACAAGCACUUCUGAUCAAAAGGAGGCGACUGCUUAGUCCCGAAGAUAUGAAUAAGCUCAUGUUUUUGAAAUCUAACAUGCUUUAAGACUCAACUUUGAGGGAAAAAAAAAACAGACAAAAAAAAAAAAGAAAAGAAAAACAUUAGGAACACACACAACACUGUCACAAACAAAGAAAUUUAAGUUCUAAACACUGUGGAACCUCAUUGUAAAUGCCCCUUGGAAACUUAAGUGCUUUUUUUUCGGUGUGUGUUUGUGUGUGUGUGUGUGUGUCUGUGUGUGUAUUGUGUGGUGUAGUGUAUGCACACAUGUCCAUACCCACACACAUGACAUUGCAUGGGUAAAGGAUGUGGGAAGCUCAUACUCAAAUGCACAGCCAGAGAACCUCCACAUGCGUGCACACACACACACAGGCACACACAGAUACACACACAAACACACAACCCUGGUGCAUGCAUGCAUGCCUUUCCUUGGGCAUGUGUGCACUGAACGGGGUGGGUCAGGAAAGCUGAGAGACUGGGAAAACAGGAGUGGUUUCGCUUUUCUCGGACAGGGGCUCUAAGGACUCCCGUUUUCAGGUGUGCAGAUUGGGAGAAGCUGGGGUUGUGAGAUAUUCAGGCAGCUGAGGGCUGAAGUGAACUCCCAUCCCCCAGCCCCAGCCCUCCCUCACCAUCCCUUCAUCUCCUCAACCCGUGGUACCCAUCCUCUGCCCCAGCUGCUCCGGCCGGUUGUCCAAAACUGUGUCAGAUGGACAGUUUCUGCACUGGACUUUAUUUCUUGUUUCACCUUCAGGGCAUUAAGCUGCUGUACCUGGGACCUCCCCCUCAGGUGUCCAGGGCAGCUGCCUUAGAAAACACACUAUCUAUCUCCCCAAUUCAGGAAAGGAGACUCUAGAAAUAUAAAGCUGAUGUUCUACUUUUUAAUAUAAGAGAGAGAGAGAAAAAAACAAGACUUUCUUUUUCCAGAGACAUAGCUGACUCUCCACUCAGUUUUGUUGUUGUUGUUGUCGUCGUCAUUUUUUACAAUACUUUAGCAAUUUUUUUAUCUUAUGGGGGACUUGGUUUCUUUUCACAUGUGAUUUCUGGGAGGCACUGAAUGUCUGACUUACUUUCUGGAGUCUUGUUUGUUUUACUCACCCUCUUUUAUUCCUAAGUCACACUGUAAACUAGCUCAUCUCAAUGGCGGUGUCCAGGACUCACCUAACCAAGAUCAAGGCCAUGGCUGUGGGUCUGGAGUAGGGAGCUGGGAGGAGCCCUGGGUCCUUGGCUGUGGGGCUUGGUGGAAGCUAUAGUGGGAAGCAUGUGGCUUUAGGAUCCUGAAUGUCAUCGAGAGAGCCGCUGCCUGGUUCCUGCCUGUGGUCAUGUGAAUGUCUGCCUCAUGAAUGUCUGCCCCCCGUCCUCAGACUGCUUCCUCCUGCUCACCAUGGCCUGACCUCCAGUUCUGCAGGGACACUGACUUAAGUCCAUGUUUGUGUCUGCCAGACCCACAGCCUCUCCCACUCCCCAAAUCCCAGGGGUUCUGGGAGUUUACAGCCCUCAGAGGUCCCCACAGGCACCUCAGACCUGUAGUCAGGACAGUGGUGGAGCACAGGAUGUUGCUGGCUGAACAGUAGGCAUUCUGCAGGUGGAUGUGCUGACUAAAUGCUGUGAAAGGGCUUGUUAGCCCUUGCUUCUAAUCCCCUUGGCCAGGAACUAAUGCUUCUACACACAGUCCAGAUGCCAAGAGGGGGCCGCCAUUCUCUUCACAGGAUGAUGAGCAAAACUACCCCAUAAAGGUCUUUAGCUUGGUGUCUCUGAUCCCUCCAGUGACCACAGCUGUGGUAUGGGGAUGCUUAUACUUCAUGCUGAGAAUGGCCACCCCUGAGGGGUUAUUUGCAAAAUCACCUCUCCUACCUGGGGCUUGGACUGCCCCCCUCCUCCAUCAUAAAGCAUUACACAACUGAAAGAUACCUCGACUUCAAAAGCACUGUACCCGUAGCCCUCGCCUGUCAGCAGGAGGGGAGUAGAGAUGUGAAGACUCAGUGGCUUCCAGUUAUGCUCAAGGUUCCAGAACUCUGUCCUUGAGGCCUAAGCCCACACUCUUCACCUCACAUGUCUAACCAAGCUCUCCUGUAGAGUCUCAGACACACAAACAGAUCAGAGAAGGCUGCGUCCACAUCCACUUCAGCAAGCUAUGGUCUCAGGAACCACCAUACAAUCCCUACUGCAAGGGAUGUUGUAGACAUUUCCAUCAUGGUGUCUUCAACGUGGCACUUACCGUCAGAGGAACCUCUGUCCACAGUGGAGAGAUCCAGACAGGAACUGAAUGUUGCACCCUGAAGAAUGUAGGAAUGUCUUCACACUGCCCGUGGACUUCCAGGAGGUGGGCUCUGGAUUGAUGAUGAAGGAUACCUCUGGUCUCCCUCGUCUGUUGGGAAUGGGGUUGUAACCCAGCACUUGUAGCCACACUGGAAGCUGGGUGCUUUGCGCAGUCAGUGAAAACAGAUCCUCAGGCAGAGCUGGGCCCGAGCUGCUGUUACAGCCAAGCCCAGAUGUGCAUUGCAGGUACUCUUUUGGAGUGUGGAAUAUUCUCCCUCCAGAAAGAAAAUUAGCGUUAAACUCCAGGCAUCUGGUCAUAGGUAGUCACCUCCUGUCCAGUUCAUUUGCACCUUGAAUCAUCUAUCCUCAAGGCUUAGAUUGCCUCUAUAGCUUCAGCGUGAGCCCCACUUGGUCCUCAGAAACUCAUCGCUGGGAUGCCUCGUCCUCAAAGAUUAGAAGGGAGUAGGCGGUCAUUUCUCUCUAGUGUCCCUAACCGGAAAAGCUGCCCAGUGUCUGCUGUCAUCUGGGCCAUCUCCACAGUGCACAUCCUGCAGCCAACAGCUCAGUAAAUCCCAAAGAUCCCCCAGGUCCAGCCACAGGCCCCGUCAACAGCAAUAUCCAACUUACCAAAUUCUAGUUCAGCCAAAGCACUAAGAAAGGCUCUUCCAGUUGAUCUCCAGUGGCCUGGGCUGGCCUCAGCCUUCAGAAGGAUUUUGCCAUCUGCCUCUUGAUUCUGUGAUCACUAUAGGUUUUUCCAUCAUAGGCUAUUGGGGGCUGCAACACCAGGAAGCUGGGCCAUUUCUAGCAUACAGCCUAGCUUGAGCUGUAUGAUUCUCUGGACACAAAUGGCCGUUGCUUUAACAUCCAUGGACUCAAACGCAGAAGGAGAGAAGAGGAGCUUCCAUUAGUAAGGUUCUCCCCUCAGGCUACUGUCACUUUGUUUCAUCGGUGAAACAGGCUCUUUUGCCUGGGAUUCAGUCACUCAAGUGGUCUCAGGUUCUAUGAGGAGUGGUUAUACAUGGAAGCACUUAUUCUCAGCGUGGUUCUGUUCCCAACACCCAAGUCCUCCUGUCAAGCUUCCCUUGCACGGCUUUCACAGCGCCCAGAAUUCAGUGUGUCCCGAGUGAACACGGCUACCUGCAUCCCAUUCCUAGGGCUAGCCUGCACGGGAAGCCACAUGUUACAGCACGAGGGAUGCUGUCAGUAUUCUGCCUGGUGGCUCUACAUUUGGCAUUGUGGGGUUGGCGCUAGGCAGAGGGAAAGGUACCUGUUUCCUGGUGAGAAGGGCAGCUGGUGACACUGAUUAGAACUCAUCUCCAGGUUUCUAGGAAGGACCUGGACACCAGCCGUGUGGGCUGGCCAAGAGUCUUCAUUUCAGUUCGACAACUUUGAUCUGCACUUUGAAGAAACGGAAGAAUUCUACAAGGCAUGUUUUCCACUGUGAAGCUGAAUCUCUGCUUUUGGAGACCCGCCCCCCCCCCCAAUAUUUUUUUUGAGCAAGGUCCACUGGACUCCAAUUUUCCUGGACUUGGGCUAGACUUCCUGAGGAGAGUGUGGAUGUCGUACAUGCUCACUCAGAGGACACAGGGUCACCAAGAAAUAGCAAAGCUCGUAUGUAGGCAGGAUGCCACACCAGACCUUGUCAUAUCAUGCUCGAAGAGAAGAGCACAGGACACUCGGUACCCCAUAAGCUAUGCCAAGCUCCCAGCUUCCUGGUCUUGGCAGCGGUGUGACAUUGUUUUGUCUGUCUUUUAUCUAGAAGAAGGUUUCUGGAGGGCAGAACCAAGAGAGUGAGGCUCAGGCUAUACCCUGGAGACAGUGCAUAGGGGCUCCUGUCCCCAGGGCCAUGGGAGAGCUGGCGAGGAGGCUGCCCCUCCCCUUCACUGUGGCAAACGUUUGCUAGGCAAACCAAUGAUGCGGUGUUUCCUCAUGUUUCCCUCCCAUCUCCCCUUUGCAGGCUCUCCAGGGGUCAGGGAUGGUUGUGGCUGUGGUUGUUUUUUUUCCUCUCUUAUUUGGGUCUGAGGAUGGUAGUCUGGAGAGCCCUGGCUUUGACCAAGGGAACCUGUGGUCUCUGAGCACGUAUAGACCUCACAUGGAAGAGGGUGGUGCUUUAAGGUUCCACUCCCACUUGGGAAGUUGACUAGCCUUGGAGUUGGCAUUGGCAUCACCACCAGCCAAGGUCCUACCAUUCCUUGGGCACCUUGACUCUUUGAACCAAAGGUCCUUAAAGGGGCAGAGCCCAGCCUUGUCCUUAGGAGUCAGAAUCUGCAGGCCCGCUGGAAGGGGGGCUCCCACAAUCCAGGUGCCAGAAGGCUCACCUAGGACCAUUCUUCCAGCCAGCCAUCGUGGGUGGCUUCCCAAACAGGGCUCGAGCCUGUGGCCUGACUUGGGCUGGGUCUGGCCAACCAUGAAAGAGCAAGAGCCAUGUGGCAGGGCCAUCCAGAUCCCAGGCAUCAGGAAACCAUUUUGUAUAACAGCCCGAAGCAGAGAUAUUUUUUAAGACGCAUGAAGUAUUUUCAGUUGUCUUCUGAUCCUAUCGUGUUUUUUUUUUCUUUUCCCCAUAACUUCCCGUUGGUGAUCCAUUCACAUCAGGUAAAUCUUGAGAACGCCUUGGUGCCCCAUUCCUCCUGCCCUCCUACUCAGUGACCACGUGUGUGCACCUCCAUCCUGUCUCAGUAGUAAAGACGUUCUAGGCAAUACCAUAGACACAUCUGUGUCUCGCUUCGAGUGCAAGAAACUCAAGUCAUCUUAAAAAAAA